AUGUCGAAACCCGAGACGACGACCCUGCGCGGGGAGCUCCCCGGCGUGAAGCUCGCGGGUUCCACCGGUGCCACCGCCGAGGUGUACACGCACGGCGCGCACCUCGCGUCGUGGAAGACCGCCGACGGCGUCGAGCAGCUCUUCGUCAGCUCAGACGUUGUGUUCAAGCCGCCCAAGGCGAUCCGAGGCGGCGUGCCGAUAUGCUUCCCCCAGUUCAGCGACUUUGGCCCGCUCGGACAGCACGGCUUCGCGCGCAACGAGACUUGGGAGGUCACCGCGCGCACGCCCACGUCGGUGCAGAUGACCCUGCGCUCCACCCCAGCCUCCAAGGAGAAGUGGCCGCACGAUUUCGUCUGCGUCUACGAGGUCAUGCUGGGCGCGGGCAACCACCUCAAGACGACGAUGUCGGUGACCAACGCGGGGAUCGAACCCAUGACGUUCACCACCGCGCUUCACACGUAUUUCCGCUGCGACGACGCGCUCGCCGCGAAGGUCACCGGGCUCAAGGGCGCGUCGUACCUGGACUCGCUCGACGGUCGGGUCAGACGCGAGGAGAUCGGGGAAUUCGUCGCCUUCGCCGAGGAGGUGGACCGCAUCUACCUCUCGACCAGCGACGCGCUCGCCGUCGAGGACGUCGCGGGUUCGAGAUCGAUCCGGAUCACCAAGCGUAACCUCCCCGACGCCGUGGUGUGGAACCCGUGGAUCGAAAAGUCCAAGGCUACGGGCGACCUCGGCGACGACGAUUAUAAAAAGUUUGUAUGCGUCGAGGCUGCGGCGAUUGAGACGCCGGUGACGUUGCCGGCGGGCGAGCGGUGGGAGUGCGAGCAGGUGCUGGAGUGCGUGAAGCACGCGUCGCCGGUGCCCGCGAUCGACGACGCGGCGCCGUCGAAGGUGGAGGCGGAGGAGGCGCGGUGA